AUGCAUUGGCUCCAGGCUCAGGAAGAUGGUGGUUAUGAUUUACAGGCACUCCAGCUUGAUAUCGUCGGUUUUCUGGCCAUCCUCGGAGAGGGUUCGGUGCUCGCCAACGCCCAAGUCUCGACGCUCUCGAGAUGGAUUUUCCUGCCACGCUUGAUACCAGCCCCCCAGGCGCUCAUGAGGCCCGCCAGGCCAUUGGAACUCGAGCCCGUUCCUGGCUUCGUGUCAGGCGUGUGGUCAGGCAACGACAGGGAUAAUGUCAACCAUAUUGCGAGCAUAGUCUGCGACGCGAACGAGCUCCCGCCCUUCUCGGUACGUGUGGUCUCGAUUCAACGAGUCGACGAAACGAAACCUUUGAAAGUGAGGACGUUCGCGCCCCUUACGUUUGUCGCCGUCAUCGGCUGCAGCCUUUCUAUACUGCUGCUCGUCCUCUCGAUACAUUUGCGUGAUGGCAUGUCUAUCCUUGCUACUGUGCUGUUGUCGCUCCUAUCCACCCUAAUCGGCCUGGGCAACUUCUGGACGCUACGCCUUCCCGAGCGUCUGCAAGACCAGCAGAAAAAGAAUCAAGAAAGCAAACACGGCAAGCCACAAGAAAGGCCCCAUGCCGAAGAGCGGCCCGAUGAGGAAAAGAACGACAGAGAAGACUACGUUCCGCCGGGCGACCUUGUGAUUCGGUAUCCCAGAGGUACCUUUCUGGUAGUGCGCUGCCACGAAAAUGUGGCACGGGAGUUGUACUUUGCCCCGGUAGAGAUCGACUACUAUCUGAAGCACGCAUGGGCAUACCGUCUCCUCAGUCUAGUUGGCACCAUGAUGCUUAUGGGAGGUGUCGUCUGUCUAGCCAACGCGAAGAUAGAAAGCCAAAUCGCCUGGGCCGGUUCGUACAUGCUGCUCGGCUCCUCGUACUGGAUCGUUGCUGCUCUUCCGGGGAAGCUACACUGGGAUACCUCGGCCUACCGAGUCGUCCCAGAAGCCCUCUCGGAUUCCAUCCAGACCGAAACGGGGACGUGGUACUCGCCGAGCCAGACCUUCACCCAGGCGCUGUGGAAGGCCAUCGUAGUCAGCAAGGACACGGGGUGGGUGCACCGCAACAACGCAUGCCCCAGCACGACGAUGUGGGACGACUGGCUGCAGAUGGCCAAAUCGUGCAGCGGCGACUUCAAGGAAGGCGAAGCGCAUCCCAUAGCCAGCGGCGUCAGGACGUGGGCGAUUCCGUCGUGGGAUCCGCAGAAGUAUUUUACCGAGCUGCUGCAGACAGAGGCGAGGAAGCGAGGCGUCAGCCACUUGGCGAGACAUGCUUGA